AAACAUCAUAAUUAGUUUAAUCCAUGGUGUAAGCGGCCGGUAUUAUAAACAUGUAAAUAAACAAAUGUCAUUGUCGAAAUUUCCAACAGUGUGAUUUAUUUUGGAUAAUUGUGUAUUGCCAGAAGAUAUUAAUGAUGGAGAAUUCAUGGCCCUGGCAUCUACAGAGAAUUUAUGAUUGUGUUAGAACUGUUUUGACAUCUGCUGUCAACUGUUAAACAUUUUUCAACCUUGCUGUCAACUGUUCAUUAUUAUACUGUUUCUCACUUGCUGUCAACUGUUAAUCCACUGCUUCUGCCAUGCUGUCAACUGUUUAUUAAUCCACUGCACUGGGACUGCUGUCAACUACUGACUUUUAAUCAUGCAUUUAUAAUUGCUACAGUGACUGUCGACAGACCACAUGCUUGUUUUCUGUCUGAUGAUGAAAGUUUGGACAUUUUAAAUCACUGUGCUGUUAAAUGUCACAACUGGAUACUGUCAACUUUCAGAAGAAAAGAACAACAACUAGUUACAUGUACUUUAAAAGUUCAUGACGUGUUUGACCAUUGGUGGAGCCUGGAUGAGGAGAAGUUACCCACUAUACACCUCUCUGCAUAGAAAGUGGAGAAUUUAAGCAAUAAAGAUGUUGGUGAAAGAGUACCGUAUAUCGCUGCCCAUGAGCGUGGAGGAAUACAGAAUAGCCCAGCUUUAUAUGAUACAAAGAAAGAGUAGAGAAGAAAGUCAUGGUGCAGGGAGUGGAGUAGAGAUUAUAACAAAUCAGCCGUACACUGAAGGACCAGGGGGUAGUGGACAGUACACAUAUAAGAUAUAUCACAUAGGAAGUCAUUUACCAGGUUGGUUCCGAGCUAUUUUACCAAAGUCUGCUCUGCGUGUAGAGGAGGAAGCCUGGAAUGCAUAUCCGUAUACAAAAACACGGUACCGGUGCCCGUUUGUGGAAAAGUUUGUUCUUGAAGUGGAGACAAGAUAUCUCAAUGAUGGUGGAGAGUUGGAUAAUAUAUUCGGUCUUUCUCAAUCUGAAUUAAAAGAAAGAACAGUAGAUUUCAUUGACAUUGUAAAAGACAACAUAUCAAGUGGCGAUUAUAGAAGGGAGGAGGACCCUAAAAUAUUUGUAUCCAAAGCUACGAAUCGAGGCCCACUGAAUGAUAACUGGAGAGAAGAGUAUAGUCAGUUGAGCAAAGUUAGUUCAGAAAAGAAAAUUAUGACUGCAUAUAAACUUUGCAGAGUUGAGUUUAAAUAUUGGGGAAUGCAGACAAAAAUUGAAAGAUUUAUACAUGACAUAGGGUUACGCAAGACAAUGUUACGAGCGCACAGACAGGCCUGGUGCUGGCAAGACGAGUAUCAUGGUCUACAGUUAGCUGACAUACGUAAACUGGAGUACGAAACACAACUUGCUUUACAAGAAACAAUGGCUGCGGCCAAUGAAAAUGAAGACUUUGUACAAAAUAACGAAAGUUCAAAAUCAACGAAUAAGAAAUCAGAAAUAGUUGAUAAUUUGACUGCUAGUUCUGAUUCAAAACAUUCGUCCAGUCCCAAAAUUCAAGUGUCAAAAUCUAAUAACGGACUUCAAGAUGACAAAGCUAAGUCUGGAAGCCCUGUUCCAUCGCAAAUUUCAAAACAUUCCGCAAGGUCGAGAAGUAAAAGUCAGCUGUCAAAGUCCAAAACGUCUCUAGAUUCUAGUCAAGUAUCUGAUUGGAGGUUUCAGAGCCUUGAGCAGUUGCAGGAAUCAAGCUCAGAUGAGGAUGAGUUCUAUGAUGCCCAAGGUCUUUGUGAUGAUGUUUUCAACUCUGAUUUAGACUGCUCUGAGUCAGAGGCACAUUUUGCAUGGGAAGGACUAGCAAUGAAGUCGUUGUCCAUGGAAACUCUUUCUGUUUCCAACGAUGAAUUUGCAGAUGCCAGAUCUCAUCUCUCAUUUGACCAAGAGUCACAUGGUAGCCGACGUUUUGAGAAACUUUGUCAGAAAUACAGUCUAGAGACAGGAGGGUUUGAGAAACACGCACCUGUGCCACCACUGUGUAAAACUAAUACACUAUUCCUUGUUGUACAUGGAGGUAGUUUAUUGGACCCUGCCUACGAUCAUUUUAACACAUCUAAGAGGAGUGAUUAUAAUACAUUAAAGACAACAUUUGAUACUGUGAUCAAAUCAAGUUAUCCGAGUGCUAAAGGACGUAUCGCUAUCAGACUUGUGCCAUGCCCUCAGAUCUGUUGUGAGGCUCUCAAUGUUCUUUCGAGUUUAAGCCCAUUUGGGUUUGAUGCCAUGACUCCGAAUUCAAGUGAAGGUGCUCUUCCCUGGAGCCAAGAGUUUGUUCCCUUGGGAGCUGUUGGUCUUUUCUCAGUGUGCAGCCCAGAUUAUCAGGAUCAUGUGAAUUCUGUUAUUGCCAAAGCAAACCUUGUCUUCAUGGACUUCCUACAGUCUGAAGAGGGAAAAGGCUUCAAUGGACAGGUAUGUAUCUUGGCCGAUGCAACAGGUUCUGUGUUGACCUAUGAUGCCUUAACCCGGACUCGCACUCUUCUAGGACGUAAUGACAGUCACCACGGUAGCCAGUCUAGCGAUCUGAACCAGGACUUUGAUCUGUCGGCCUCUAUGGGCAGUUCUCAUACCCUGUGUGAAAACGCAAAAGACACAACAAUCGUGGAACAGGACGAAGAUGUUGUUUUACGACAUAAACCGGACACAUUAAGGAGUGAAAGUGUACAGACUGAUUCAAAAUCAGUCGUAGAAAGUAGUAAAUCUGUAAAGUCAGAUAAGUUGGAUGAUAAUCAGUCAAAAUCCUCGGAACGUGAUGCCAGUAAACCAGCUGUACGCAAAAUGGACAGUGUUCCCAUAGAAACACGUCAUAAUAGUGUGAGAUUACAAGUGACUAGGUCGGUCGAGACUCCCGGGGAAUUUGUGCGGAGAACUAGUGGCGGAAGUCAGUAUGAAACUUUAAAGUUUGAUUUUGAAGUGGCUGAUUUCUUCAUGCUGGGAUCACCACUAGGACUUGUGUUGGCAUAUAGGAAGAUGUUUGCUGGAGAAAAAUCUGGCACUCCACUGAGACCUGAUUGUCAACAGAUGUACAACUUGUUUCAUGCCAGUGAUCCAUCUGCUCUUCGUCUUGAACCAUUGCUGAACUUCGUGUUCCGUCAAAUCCCGCCCAUCAAAAUAGCGAGAUAUAACAAAUUUCCCAUGGGCGAUGGAGAAUCUAUUCAAAUAGUGGAAACCGUAUGUCACUACAUACACAUGUUCCUUGACCAGCUUGUUGACCAGGCUGGCACGGGAUCCCAGUUACUCGUCUCGCUACAACGUCAAGCCAGUGUCACAAGCACGUGCAGUCAGCUAACAGCCAUGUCUGCGCACGGGAACACAUUUUCUAACAUUGCAAAUGUGAGCAGUCAGUGGUGGGGCAGUAAACGUCUAGAUUACAUGUUGUACUGCCCCGAAGUGUUACAUUCAUUCCCCGUGCGAUCCUUGCCGCCCUUGUUUCACGCCAGUUUCUGGGAGUCCACCGAUGUUGUCUCAUUUGUGCUGCGACAGGUACUUCAGCAAGAUUUUGGAAUGUCUUAUGAAGAAGAUCUCAGUUCACAGACAAUGUCGCCAGUCACAACUGAAGGUCAGCCGAAGGAAAAAUGGCAGAAAAGAAGAACUAUGUACAAAGUCAGGAAUCUUCAGCCAAAUCACCGGGGAAAUGAUGUCUUGGUGUUAGAAGAUAAACCGCAAGUUUUGUCUGCAAAAUUUAUGUACGGACCAUUGGAUAUGACAUCAUUGUCAGGGGAAAAGACGGAUAUACAUGUAAUGUCUGCAUCAGGGGAAUGGACAUAUAUGGGCACUGAGAAUACAGAUGGUCAUGGUCGACUUACUUAUACUAUCCCACCUGAGAAAAGAUUGAGUCAAGGCAUUCAUCCAGUAAAAAUGGUUGUUAGAUGGGGACAGAACUUUAGCAGGAAAACGGUAGACCACACAACCACCGACUUGUUUUUAGCUGUUCUACCUCCUAGAACAGAGACGAUAAUAUUCAGUAUUGACGGCUCAUUUACAGCCAGUGUUUCUAUAAUGGGUAAAGAUCCAAAAGUUAAACCUGGAGCUGUUGACGUUGUCAGACAUUGGCAGGAGCUCGGCUAUUUAAUCCUGUAUGUGACUGCUAGACCGGACAUGCAACAUAAUAAAGUUGUAGCCUGGCUGGCCCAGCACAACUUUCCACAUGGCAUGGUGGCUUUCAUGGAUGGAUUCUCUAAGGAUCCUCUACGACAGAAAUUUAAUCAUCUUAAGACAAUACAGUCAGAGGCGCAGUUGAAGUUCCGAGCAGGGUAUGGUUCAAGUAAAGAUGUUAAUGGAUACAGAGACCUGGGCUUGUCUAAAGAACAGAUAUUUAUAGUGGGUAAAUCCAACAAGAAACAACAGAAUCUUGCUACAUUUAUGACAAGUGGAUAUGCAGCACAUUUAGAAUUUCUAAUGAGUCCCGUUGGAUCGAGACCUGCGAGUGGAAACGCCGUUUUCUUGUUACGCAAAACAUGCUUUAGUCUACCAACAUCUGAAAAACGUGGAUCAAAGCAUAGAGCUUCGAAUGUAUCAACAUUAAGCGGACAAUUUGACAUCCCGGGCGUGUCUCGCCCCGAGAGUGGGGCUGGUCCCCAAACUUUGAUAACUGUUAGCGAUCAGGGAAAUACUCUUUUACAGCCAGUACAGCCAAGCUUCGGGGCGGCAGUUCGAGCCAGGGGUACGUCACCACGACCAAAAAUGUCAUUAGAUGCGCAUAGAUAGUUUUGUUAUUUUGUAAUUUAGUCUGCAUUGUUCACCGGUCAAUAAUAUAUUUUUGAGAUAAUGUCUUAUACUUUUAUCAUAUGUAUUACAUGUUAUCAGUGUCAUUUUAAUUAUUUAAUUUGCAUAAUUUAAUGGUGCAUAAAAAAAUUUUGUUUGAUUUUUUUUUUGUGUAAAAGCAAUGGUUUUUUUUUUGGUGUUUACUUUUAUUUAUUUUACUUAACAGUACACUUAAAUAGGAGUUAAGUGAACAGAGUUAUAAUUAAAGGUUUAAGUCAAGGCAGGAAUUUUAUGUACUGCCAAAUUUUUUUCACAGAGUGUUUUGAUAAUUCUGUAUACUAAAACCUGAGUACAUAUAUGACCUUAAAAUAUUUGAAAGAAAAUAGUGCAAGCAACUUAUAAGAUUUUGAUUUUUUUGCCCUUUGGCAUAUAGCAAUUUAACCAUUGGUCUGUCCAUUGGUUUGUCAAUUUGUCUGUCUGUAGGAGGUUAACCUUAACCAGCAAGUUGUAUUUAUCUAAAGUUCUACCAGUACCAAUGGCUUCGUAUUUUACACACUUACUAAUUAAUACAAACAUACUUCAGGUGGUCCUUUAAGUUUUUGUGGAGUUUUUAGUCAAUGGUUUCAAGGUUGCAUUUGUAAAUAUUUGAUAAUUUUUUAUUGGCAAAUUGAAUAUUUUUCAACUUCAUCAAAUAGCAAUGACAUGCCUACAUAUUUUUUUCAGAAUAUGAAAAGUUCAUGACUCUGUCAAGUUAUAUAACUGACUUUUUCCUUGGCAAUUUUUCAGACCAUAACUGUGUGAAUAAGUAAACCCUUUUUUAAAAAAAUUGUUACUGACAUCUGGGCCGGGGGCAUUUAGUAGUUACCAAACACGUUCAUGUUUGACACUGUUUCACAAUCCAAAAACAUUCACCAUCAUUCAGUAUUCCUUAUUUUGGUAAAACAGUCUGAUAUACUAAAAUGAUCAUUAUAGCCGAAGCCAAAAAUAUUUUU